UACUGAAAUCCGGCUGAGUAGCCCAAGCAGGCCGUCAUAUACAGAAGACCAUCUUUUACCAGGCACGAUGGCAGAGCCUACCUACAAGAUUUCUUCCUACGCUAAAUUUCUUCUGAAGCUUGCCUGUGAGCUCAAGCCGGUGGACUUGGAGGGCAUAAAGCUUGUGCUGGCUGCAGAGGAACGUGUGAGAUGUGGACGAAGAGAGAACAUUCAUACAGCCGCUGAGCUGUUCGUCCAACUUCAGCAAAUCGAGCUCUUGGGCCCAAGGAACAUCUCAUUUUUCGAAGAGGUUUUUCCCGCCAUCGGACGACAAGACCUCCUGGCGGUAACGUCUGAUUUCCGGGAAUUAUGGGAUACGUCACGUGAGAUACCUGUGCCGGAAGUCAUCCACACUGCAAAUUAUAAGCUACUUAGCGAUAUCUGGAUCAACAGAGAGAGGGAAGAGACAGAGGACGUAUUCGCUGACAACUUUGAUAACCAAUCGCAGUGCAGUUCACAUAGUCGAUUGAGUUCUCUUAGCGACGACGAAAAAAUGAACCUUUCUAAGAGAAAGAAAAAGAAAACCAAGAGAAAGCGUUCCUCCAGUUCGGGGUCGCAAAGUUCCGUCUCCAAAUUACUGGCUAAACUUAAAUUGUGAACUUGGAUUUUAACCUGUAGGCCUACCGGUAAUGUAAAAUUUACGACAAACAUUCUGCAUCAAAUUUCAUCGCCUUCUUUAUUCCAGUCAUGCCCGCUCGUCGUCUGAAAGAAAGAUGACCCAACUGGUGUAAUGACAAAGUAUAUCCGGUGAAUCAUUUUUCAUGACCGUUUUCAUUGCCCGCAUGGAUCUUAAUUUACGAUUGAUCGUUUUAUUUGAUUCUUUUUCUUAGCUACACCCUUGUCGUUGUUGCCAAGCAUAAAGCUAACGUCCUUGAAACUUUAUACCAUCUAACUCCUCUAUAUAUAAUAUGUAAAUAUUGUUGACAUGGGCUGGAGGCCAGGAGUGUAAAUGCAUGUAACUCUCUACAUGUGAGAAUCUGGCAGAUUUAGCUACGAAAAAUAUACAGUUCUAAGGUCAAUUUAUAACUUUGUAAAUUCCAUGCAGUCUCGUCCCUAAGAUCACAGCUCACCUUGUAUGUCAAGUGUUACAUGUAUUUCAUACAAAGAAACGUAAGAUUCAUAAUUAAAGUUAGCGUUUAUGCGGACAAUACUCACGUCACAUGCGAUCGUGUGCUAUAGAGUGCGUUUUUCUUAUUGUUUAUGUUUAGCUUUUUGUAGAAAAAUUUGUCAGUUAAAAGUUAAUUAGGCAAUGAAAAUGUUUUUCUGCAGUUAGCAGGCGGAAAUGUAGUUGUUUGAGUUUGUUAUAUUCAUUCAAGCCUAAUCAUGCAGUUUGAAUGUAUGCGUUGAUUAUUUACUUCCAUUGAAGAGGUCCACUAGACGUAUGAUCCGGCUUACAUACAUUCGCCUCGCUGAUGCCAAGCAUUGAGAUCGAACGUCCUUAAAACUAUACAAUCGAACUACUCAUGUAUAGACGCAAAUAUCGUUGACCUGAGUCAUAAGCCUGUAGUGUAAAUGCAUGUAACACUACGUUCGUUUCGUUGAUACCAGGCAUAAAGUUAGCGUCCUUAAAACUAUACCAUCGAACUACUGCGAACAUAUGUAAAUAUUGUUGACCUGGGCUAGAAGCCUGUAGUGUAAAUGCAUGUAAUUAUCCACGUAGUUUUGUCUCGCUGUUUUCAUAGAAAACAGAACCGUCUAGAUUCAUUUUGUCUUCAUAUUUAAGUAGAUUAUGUAAUGUGUAUUUCAUCCAAAUAUUUGUAAAUAUUCAUCUGUUAAUAAACAGAAGU